AUGGGAGAAGCAAAAAGAAAGAAUACAAAGGAAAAAAAAAGUGGUCUUAGCCCCAUUUUAAAAAUUUCUUUAUUUACCUUCUUAGUAUGGAUAGCUAAAAGUUCCAACAAUGAUGGACACUAUGGAGGCGCAAAUGGGGCGCCGAACUUGGAAAAGUCAGUGACCUUAAGAAAUGGUAGAUUGUUAUCAGAGCAACCCCAAAUAGAAUUCGAAUCCGUGUUUAACACAUUCAAAGAUGGUUUCUUAGAUAAAAUGGGAUUAGGAGAUCAGGAACAGAACCAAAUUAAAGAUAUUAUGCAUUCAUAUUUUAAAAAUUUAGAUUUAUCGGCUUUAGAACGACAGAUUCAACAAAAUCCAGAAAUGUUCCAACAAUUUGCACCAAAUCCAAAUAUGCCUGAUCAGAUUCAGAUACCAUCCAAUUUUCUCCAACAGUUCCCACCCCUCCCUGGUAUGCUGAAUCCGUUUAAUUUCCCACCAAAUUUCCUGGAAACCUCCCCCCCCCCACCCAAUAUGCUUGAGGAGUUUCAAAAAGAUCUGAACAAGUUGGGUCCCUUCGGUCCACUCCCUCCAAACAUGUCCUUGCCUUCCGGAGCUGGCACAGGUGCUAGCUCAGACCGAGAAUCUCAGCCGGAAACUAUCCCAAGCUUUGAUGCAGAAUCUCAGCCGGAAACUAGCCCAAGUUUUGAUGCAGAAUCCCAACCAGAAACUAGCGAAGGGUUAGAUUUAGAACAUCAACUUGGUACAGGUUCGAAGGAAGAUGAUGAUGAGAAGGAAACCUCCAGUUCCAAGGAAGAUGAUGGUAAAAGGCCAGGUCCAGACUCAAAAGCAGAUGCUGGUGAAAACCCAGGUCCAAGUUUAGGAAUGUCAGGACCAUUGCCUUCAUUCCAAGCUUUGCAUGAACUUUUCAGACCGCCAAUACCGGGUGCAUGCGGAAAUGGGCAACCAUCUAUCCCAAAUUUUGACUUCUUAGAAGAGUUACAGAAAAAUGCGAACUUAUAUGGAGAAAUUCAAAAGGGAGCAAAUGGAGUUCCAGGAAAUCUUCGUGGAGUUGAUCCAAACAAGGAUAACAACAAAGAAGGUGGAGAACAGAAGGGUACUAAUGUGGCUCAGGGAACCGGAGAUGCGGUUGAGAAAAUAAAGGAAGAGAAGAAUGAAGAAGCUACCGUAGGGGGAAAUAAAAAGGAAAAAAAGAAACAAGUAGUUGUGGAGGAAGUUGAGGAAGAAAGAAACAGUGAAGUAAAUGUUAAUGAGUCCAACAAUAAAGAUGAAGUAUUUGAGGAUGCAGUGGAGGAAGUUGAGGAUAUACAGCAGCCACAUUCACUACCAAAACUCCCACCACAGAAGCCGGAAAUGAGUCAAAUUCCGCUACCCCCAGAACAAGCAAAUUUUCAACCCUUCGCAAACAUUGCCUUUCCAGGUAUGCCUAAUCUGGAUUUGUUACUUGGUCCACAAUUAGCAAACAGACAAGGAACUAGCGCACUAGCAAGUUUUGUUAAUAAAUUGAAUUUUCUUGGUAUCGAUGCUAGAUUCGCUGUAAAUACAACUUUUCUAGCUGGACUUGCUUACUAUAAGAUUAAAUAUUUCGUAUAUACCAUGAUGUUUAUUAUAGGGCUGAAUUUAUUUAGGGAAUUAGGCAACAUCUUUAGUAAUCUGCGUAGAUAG